AUGUACAUUCCCACUGCCAACAGGAAGACGAUCUGCAAGGCCCUCUUCAAGGACGGUGCCCUUGUUGCCAAGAAGGACUACAACGCCCCUCGUCACCUCGAGCUCGAGGUGCCCAACCUCGAGGUCAUCAAGGCCAUGCAGUCUCUGACUUCCCGUGGUUUUGUCAAGACCCAGUUCUCGUGGCAGUACUACUACUACACCCUCACUGACGAGGGUAUUGAGUACCUCCGUGAGUACCUCAACAUCCCCCAGGAGGUUUUCCCCGCUACCUUCAAGAAGGCUGCCCGUCCCACCGCUGCCCCCAGCUUUGGUCGCCGUACUGAGCGCGAGGGUGGUUUCCGCCGUGAUAACGACGACUACCGUCGCCGCGAUGAUGGCAAGACCGAGGGUGCCUCCAGUGAAUUCCGCCCCGAGUUCCGUGGUGGUUUCGGACGCAGCCGCCCCCAGCAGCAGCAGCAGCAGUAA